AUGAGCACACGAUCGCUAAAUCUCCCCAUCCUCGCGGCCAAUCAUGCCAAGACCACCUCGCCCAACCAAAAGUGGGCCCCAAAGAAGAAGAGGGCCUUCAAGAACCUCGACGGCAUUCCUGAAGUCGACACCCCAGUCACAUCGUCUCCCACAGCGAAGCGGGAUCGCAAAGUCGCUCAGACGGAGGGCGAGCGGCCCCGGGACCACGCUGAGCUCCGAACUAGUCACUUGGACAAGAGGCCAUUCAAAAGCAACCAAGAUGACAUCGGCGACGAGACGCUGACCGAGGACUUUGAAGGGUCGACGCUGGUCGAGGAGGUGAAGGUAAAAAAAGGCGAUGGCUCACACAAGGAUCCUCACAAGAAGUCGUGGAGAGGAUCGGCCUGGUAUGCCGCAUGA